AUGGCUACCGGUCAGCAGUCUUCGUACGCACAGAUAUCGCCCCAGUCUACACGUCAACAUACCCUCGAUUCCAUACACAAGACCAGUUCUGACGACUCCCAUCGUCAUCCGCGCACGCCACCGGAAUGCGAAUGGGUGGACCUCGGAGACGGGAUCUUGAUGGGGAUGGCUCCGCCUUCAAAGCGGUCGUCACCGAUGAAACCGCCAAGGACACAUACACACCAAGAAGCGGAGAGCCAGGGAAUAUGUGAAUCGGAGGUGGGCCCGUCUGGCUCCCAGGGCCUUCCGACAACUGUACCAGCGCCCCCACUGCAGUCCCCACAUACGCCCCAGAGAGGCGACUUCCGCCGGAAAGUCAUGCGGUCGUCUAUACCCCGUUCCGCCCACGUCUCUCCCGAGAGAUGUCUCCCGAACGCAGUACAAGCUACCUCAACCACUCCGGGCCCAUCCUCUCCGGCUGGAGGGUUCUCAUGGUCCUCCCCACCUCGGUCACCUAUCGGGUCUCCUUUGUUUCACGCGCCCGAGCUUUCAGAAAUCCCAUCCAUGGAACCGGAGAUGCAGAACGGAAAGAAACGGAAGAGGACACGGCGGACCUCUCGCGGGACUACUAACGAGCGCUGCCAAACGACAACGCAUUCGCAAACGCAUCCACGUGGAUGGGACAUCAGGACGCCGGAGACGAUGGUGACACCGAAGACGGCCGCUGGACACAAACGCAGGGAACUGAAGCACUCGGACGGAGAGCCUGCCAGUAUACCCCCCGCGGCGAAACGCGCUCGGACAGACAACAACGAUGGACUCCAUACGAUCGCUGAGGCACCCUCUGGCACGAUCGCGGCUACCGUCGCCGCUCGUAAGGCACCAAAGAGAAGCCGCGCCAGAGCUCACCGCGUGGUCCCUGCUAAUGACGAAGGACGGAGGCUGUCUCCUGUCUUGCCCGCCGGUGGUGGGUACCGAGCAAGGGUGUCCCAUAUCUCGACGGCGCGACUCUCAGUCAAUGACGCGACUACGCGAGCCGAUUCGAUGGCUUGUCCCUCCAGCAGCGAUGUCAAUCCUGCCGACCCCGAAUGUUCAGCUUCCGGUAGUGACCCGCGAGCCCAUACGUCCUCAGCCGAAGCAGGUCUGCCUGCGCUCCCUCCCAUCAUCGCAGUGGCAAGCUUCGACAUGCCUGGAUAUUCCCCGAUGAUAGGUGACGCCAACAGUGGUCCGCAGUGGAAGCCGCCGGUGACGCCGACACCAGACAGCGGCUCAUCCUUGUUGCUAGACCCGCCGAAGAGAGGAGGUAAACUCGGGCCCACCGACAGUCAUAACUCUCUGUUCAGCGAGGCUCCGAGCCUGGGUGACAACUAA